UAAAUUUAUUAUAUGUUGAACAAAUUGACAAGUGUUGUAUUGUUUAAUAAAAAGCUUUAUUUCUGACAUACAGACAAGAAUGUAGCAACAUUUACUAAGAAAUAACUAAUAAUUAUUUACCAAAUUACAUUUCAGUCAAAUGACAAAGAAAGCAAAAAUAUUAUCUUAUUUAAUACUAUGGAGGUUAACCUCUGUUUUUCUUAUACAAACUGCCCAUGUACCAGAUGAAUAUUGGCAAUCAUUAGAAGUCGCUCAUCAUUUAGCAUUUGGAUACGGUUACCUGACAUGGGAAUGGAGCAUGAAAAUUCGCAGUUACAUUUAUCCAUUUUUGAUAUCCAUUAUGUAUCGAAUACUAGCAUUGGUAUCUUUAGAUGAUGUAAUAAUUUUAACAACAUUACCUCGAAUAUUUCAAGCACUUAUGAGUGCAUAUGGAGAAUACAAGUUUUAUGAAUGGACUAAGAACAAAUGGGCAUUGUAUAGUUUAUGUCUGAAUUGGUACUGGUACUAUUGUGCUACACGUACAUUGAUAAAUACUAUAGAAACAUCAUGUACCAUGAUAGCUUUGUCUAUGUUUCCAUGGCGUGAUAGUAAUAUUACAACUAUAAGAUAUUUUUGGAUUAUAGGGUUUUUAUGUAUGAUUAGACCUACUGCUGUUAUUAUAUGGUUACCCUUAUGCUUUUAUCAUUUAUGUACCAGUUUACAGAACAAGUUAAUAUUAUUAUCAAAGUAUAUUGUAAUAUCUUUUGUUUGUUGUAUCAGUUCCAUAUUACUGGACUCUUACUGCUAUGGCACAUUAGUUAUUUCUCCUUUGGAAUUUUUUCGUGUAAAUGUUUUAUAUAAGAUUGGAGAUAUAUAUGGUACUCAACAUUUAUUAUGGUAUAUUUUAAGUGGAUUACCAGUGCUUUUAGGUGUACAUUACGUUAUUUUUUUAUUAAGCAUUUGGCAAGUACUGAAGCAUUCCAAUACCUUUCAUCGUCAGUCACUUAUGUUAAUUGUCAUAUGUUGGACACUUGGCAUUUACUCUUUGCUAUCUCAUAAGGAAUUUAGAUUUUUACUGCCACUUUUACCAAUGUUUACAUAUAUUUCUACUUCCAGUAUACCUUCUUUAGCAAUUAAGUCUACAAAAACAGUCAGAAAAGUAUUUGUGGCAUUACUCAUAAUUACCAAUGUCCUACCUGGUAUUUAUUUUUCUAUGGUACAUCAACGUGGAUCUUUAGAUAUAAUGAAUGUUCUUGGCAAACAGCUUAAUUAUACUGAUAAUACAACUAAUGUAUUAUUUCUGACUCCUUGUCAUGCUACUCCUUUGUACAGUCAUUUACACGUAAAUGUACCUAUAAAAAUAUUAACAUGUGAACCUAAUUUUAAUAGCAAUGUAAAUUAUACAGAGGAAGCAGAUGAGUUCUUUUCAAAUCCAAUGCACUGGCUAAAUAAUUAUUACAAUAGUGAUGAAAACAUCAAAAUGCCUAGUCAUAUAAUAUUAUUUGACAGUAUUGUACCAAAAAUCGAACAAUUUUUGAAAAACUACGAACUUGUAUCGCAAAUAUUUUAUACGCAUUUUCCUCAAUCAAAUUAUAGCAAAUAUAUUUAUAUGUAUAAACGUAAAUAAAACAUAUCAAAUUAAAUUUAAUGAUCUUAUUAAUAUUGUCGAAGUCGCCAUUAUAUUUUGCGAGGUCCAAAAAUCGAUAUCAUUAAACGUGGACUUGUUAUAUUGCCACACAUUGAACUGCAACGUGUUUAUAAAUUAAAUUUUUUCAAAAUUAGAAACUGGUUUGCCCACUGUUGCUAGCGGUACUGAUUAAUAGUAUCCUACUAAAUUUUUCGAGUUAUUUUUCACAUCGUUUCUCCAAUAUACUUUAACGAAAUACAGAACAAACAAUUUAAUGAUGUACAUAUGUUAUGGAUAAAAGCUUAUACCACACUCAGCGUAAAAUUGUUGAAUUGUCCAUAAAUUCUUUUAUA